AUGCCCUUCUUCUCUACCUCAGCCGCUGUGGCGGCUCUAGCCACCCUGGUAUCCGCUCAAAGCAAUCUUGGAGGCCGGGGCUUCGUAGAUCUCUCUAUCUUUGGAGGAACUCCCGAUGCCAAAGGCGCAGGUAUCUUGUAUGGUUUACCAAAUGAUCCCGCCUAUUCUCCGGAAACCUCCCCACCUCGCUCCACAUGGGGCUCCUUUUUCCAAGAGGCAGGCAUUUCCCAUGUCCGAGCAGGAGGCGCUCAGAUUCCCUUUGGUGGAUACGCUUCCGAUGUCCUCAAUGGUGGUACUACUGGCUAUGAUGAGCGCUUUGCCUCGAUGAAGAAGAACUAUCAGGAUGCGAAGGCUUUGAAUCCAAAGAACAAAUUCGUCUUGCUCGUACAUGAUAUUUGGGGAGCCGACAGUACUCAAGGAAGCGAUACACCUUUCCCGUGUGAUAAUGGUGACUGCACGGAGUAUGGUAGAUACUUGGACAAACUUAUUGGAGAUCUCAAAUCGAACGAUUUACUCGAAGGACUUCAAAUUGACAUCUGGAACGAGCCUGAUGGAUCUAAUUUCUGGCCUGGCUCCCAAGACCAAUAUCUUCAAUCCUAUGAUUUUGCGUACGCCAAGUAUAGAGCAGCAUUCGGUACUAACGUCGCUUUGGUGGCACCAUCCACUGCAGCUCAACCAUCUCUCGACAAUAGCUGGUGGAACAACUUCACCAGUCACAUCAGUGGUAAUGGCAAUAUUCCAGACUGGUGGUCCGCUCAUCAGCUAAACGGACGCAAUACUCCAAACUGUGGCAACGAUCCAGUCAUCACACAGCAACAAUUGCGCCAAGUUCUUGAAAAAUACAACCUCCCAGAAAAGCCUUUCCAAAUCAACGAGUACGCUGCAUCAGAUGAGCAGACUCCCGCCUACACAGCCUGGUUCAUCCAACGUUUCGAGCGCACAGGUAUCGUCGGAAUGCGCGCCAACUGGGGAUCAAAAGUCGGUCUGCACAAUGAUAUCGCCAAAUUACUUGGCCCAGGCGAUCAGGAUAAAAGUAGCAAUUUCUACAAGCUCGGAGACUGGCACGUGUUGAACUAUUACACCCAGGCACAGAAAGGGGUCAUCACGCUAGCUGGAGCCACUGUUAGCACAUGUUACGAUUUGUAUGUCACACAGGAGCGUGAUGUUGGUAUUACUCAUGUCCUGGCUGGGUCGCGAGGUCAGAGCGGUGCUUACCCUGUUACAAUCUCUAAUGUCGAUUCCAUGCCGGCUUACAAGGGAAAGACAAGUUUGCGUGUGGUUGUCAGGGAGAUUCCGUGGAAUAAUGGCGGAGUUGUUGACGAGCCUACGACGGUUUCGAAUGGCACUGUCGCAGUGGCUGAUAAUCAGCUUGUGAUUGGAUUGGAUAUGAGAACAGACUCUGCAUAUACAAUUGAUGUCUAUGCAUCGUGA